ACGUCACUUCUCGACGUUAGUGUGGGUGCGUUGUGCGUGCGUGCGUUCAUGAAUUUGUGAGUGCUUUUUCAUGUUUGUGUGUAUUUCUGACGCCGUUUGUGACUUGCCUGUCAUCUCUCUAAUUUUGGAUUUUUAUCACUAAAACUCUUCAAACUGUCGUCUUUGGGCUGGCAGGAUGCUAAAGUUCAUACGCGGCAAGGGCCAGCAGCCCUCUGCUGAGAGGCAGAAACUUCAGAAUGAACUGUUUGCCUUCCGCAAGACAGUGCAACACGGCUUUCCACACAGAGCAUCAGCGCUAGCAUGGGACCCACUCCUCAGGGUGGUGGCGCUGGGCACAGCCACCGGCGCCCUCAAGGUCUACGGCAGACCAGGCGUCGAACUCUACGGGCAGCACACAAACUCCGACUCCAGCGUCACACAGAUACACUUCAUACCUGGCACAGGGCGUUUAGUAUCACUAUCCGACGACAACAGUCUCCACUUAUGGGAGAUCAACGAGAAGUCCUUGGUGGAGCUAAAGACAUACAUAUUCGAGGGAAAGAACAAGAAGAUCUCGUCGCUGUGCGUCGAGUCGUCAGGCAAGCACCUACUGAUCGGCACCGAGGGUGGGAACAUAUACAACCUGGACCUUAACACGUUCACCGUCACCGAAGAUGUGAUAUAUCAGGAUGUUGUUAUGCAGAAUUGUCCAGAAGACUUCAAAAUCAACCCAGGUGCAGUAGAAGCUAUCUGCGAACACCCGAAGGUCCCCAGCCGACUGCUGAUUGGCUACAACAGAGGGCUGGUCGUGUUAUGGGACCGCAUCGCCGCCGCACCCACCCACACCUUCGUGUCUAACCAACAGCUCGAGAGUUUGUGCUGGAAUGAUGAAGGAGAACACUUCACGUCAUCCCACAACGACGGCUCAUACGUGACGUGGGAAGUAGCCGGCGCCGCGAGCGACAGGCCUCUGAAGGAGCCCAUCACUCCGUACGGACCAUACCCCUGCAAGGCCAUCAGCAAGAUUCUCAACAGAACCAGCGUUGAUGGAGACGAGAUCACUAUCUAUGCAGGUGGUAUGCCACGAGCUUCCUACUCCGACAAAUAUACGGUCACAGUACAACAGGGAGAGAAACACGUCGCAUUCGAUUUUACAAGCCGAGUAAUCGACUUCUUCACAACGACCCCCGUCCCCCCUGACGGUGUGCCGCUACAAGAAGACCGCCCCGACACUCCUGCGCAGAUACAGCUACAAACCGUCAACCAAGUCGCUGCUGCUUUGGUGGUACUAGCAGAAGAGGAGCUGGUGGUAAUAGACCUGUGCGACGAGAAAUGGCGUCCGCUGCGCCUGCCGUACUUGGUGUCCAUCCACGCCUCGGCCGUCACCACCGCGCAGCUCGUCGACAACGUCGCCGCCAGCGUCUACGACAACAUCGUCGCUGCAGGCCAACAACAAAGCGAGAAUGUAUACUCGGAGUCAGCAUGGCCUAUCUCCGGCGGGUGCGUGGAGGGCGAGGGCGCGGUGGCGGAGCGCCAACUGCUGCUGACGGGCCACGAGGACGGCUCCGUGCGCUUCUGGGACGUCAGCGGAGUCGCCAUGACUCCCCUCUACAAAUACACCACCGCACAUCUCUUCAGUGGUGAAGAAAUAGGCGAGAACAACGACAGUCAGACGGACGAGGAGGAGUGGCCGCCAUUCCGACGAGUCGGCACCUUCGACCCGUACAGCGACGACCCACGACUCGCUGUUAAAAGGGUAAUCCUAUGUCCUCUAUCGGGAAUGCUAACUAUCGGCGGCGCGGCCGGGCACAUUGUCAUCGCGAGCCUCAAGACAUCGUCCAGUACCGCUGAAGUCAAGUCUGUGACAGUGAACAUAGUGUCGGACCGCGACGGCUUCGUAUGGAAGGGCCACGACCAGCUCACUCUACGAUCAGGCUCGCUUACAUUCCCACAAGGAUACCAGGCGAGCUCGGUGGUGCAGCUGGUGCCGCCGGCGGCGGUGACGGCGCUGGGCGCGCAGUGGGAGUGGGGGCUGGUGGCGGCCGGCACGGCGCACGGACUCGCCGUGCUCGACGCCAUCGCCGCCAAGCCACUGCUGCACAAGUGCACGCUCAACCCGCACGAUCAUUCCGGUGCUGGCGACACGCCAAUUUCAAGAAGAAAGUCGUUCAAGAAGUCGCUGAGGGAAUCGUUCAGAAGACUGCGGAAAGGAAGGUCACAGCGACGUCAGACCACCACGUCGAGUCCUACGUCUCCUACACAACCAAUUCCCAAAAAGCCAGCGGACAAGGCGGCUUCAGAUACGGACGCGGAGCUGAAGCCAGUGGAGCGAGCCAUCGAGGCCAGGCCUGCUGACGACGGCUUCGGGUCCAUGGUGCGCUGUCUGUACUUCGCCAGGACCUACCUUAUUAACACACAAAACUCCACCCCGACUCUAUGGGCGGGUACGAACAACGGCACAGUGUACGCGUUCACGAUAAGCGUGCCCAGCACGAACAAGAGGAAAGACGAGCCCGUGACGUGUCAGCUCGCCAAGGAGAUACAGCUCAAGCACAGGGCGCCCGUCAUCGGCAUCACUGUCCUCGACGGAGCCGCCGUGCCACUGCCUGACCCACUCGAGGUGGAGCGCGGCGUGUCCCCCCUGCCGGAGGGCGGGCCGCACCGAGUGCUGAUAACGUCGGAGGAACAGUUCAAGGUGUUCACUCUGCCCUCACUCAAACCUCACAACAAGUACAAGCUCACCGCGCACGAGGGCGCACGGGUCCGUCGCACAGCGUUCGCGUGGUUCGAGUGUGGGUCUGGCGUGUCGAGUAGCCCGGGGGGGACGGGCCCCCGCCACCGCGAGUGGUGCCUGCUGUGCCUGACCAACCUGGGCGACUGCCUGGUCCUCAGCCCCGACCUGCGCAGACAGCUCAACGCCGCCGCCGUGCGCAAGGAGGACAUCAAUGGUAUUUCAAGUUUAUGCUUCUCGAAACGAGGCGAAGCUCUCUACUUGCACUCCUCAUCCGAAUUACAACGGAUUACUUUGUCAGCUACUAAGGUAACGAUCGCCCAGUGCCACAUUAUCCUGUCCCCGUGGGCCGCGGCACUCCGCGGGGCCGUGGAGGAGCCCCCACUCACUAACGGAGAACACAAGCCGGAGGAGUCGGUAGAAGCCCCGCACGACGUGACGGCGGUGUCGGCCGACAUCACGGUGGACUCCGUGCGGGACCACACCGCCGCGCCCGAACAGGCGCCGCCCGAGCUCAACAUCAACCUGCAGAACUCGCAAGUGAACACAUCCUCGAUGGUGGUGAAGACGACGACGCGCACGAUGGUCAACGACACCAACGGCGACGGCACCACCACCACUACCACCACCACCACCACCAACUCCACCAGCGAGAACAUCCUAGAGCACAGUCGCGAGGAAGGAGUCAUCACGCGCAUCGAGACGGGCACGGUGACGGUGCCGGCCGGCACAGACCCGAAGCUGAUCCUCGAGAUGUUUGACCGGCAGCGCUCCCCCCUCAGCGUGCCCGUGCCGCCGCAGGCCGCCGCCGCAGAAACCAACUAGCGCGCCCGCCUCGCCCGCACUCGCUGCGAUACCGGUCCUAGGCACUGUAUUCCCAUUGUUCUGGCUAGCGUGUGACGUAUACUGCUGUAUCGUCCGCCCGGUAUUAGACCACCGAUUCAUGAAGACGUACCGGUAAUUUUAUCAUUUGACAAGAUUGUAUUAAGAGUGACAACAGUUAGUUUUACAAUUACAGUAGAACUCCAAUUAUCCGAAUUAAUGGGGACCGGGACCCAUUCGGAUAAUCAAAUAUUCGGAUAAUCGGAUUAUUUAAAAAAAAUUGCCAUUGAAAAGAAAUAAAAGCUACGUUUUGAUAUUGCACUAUUUUUUUAUUGAAUUAAAUUGCGGGAGGAAGUCAGUGUAGGCACAACGGCAAGUUAAGACAAGUCAAGUCAAGACUUGACGCGCAAACUCUGGCUUCGCGGGGGGGGGGGAGAGAAUAAUAACGCACUUAGACUUUUUUGGACAAUUUUUGUGAUUCGGAUAAUCGGCGAUUCGGAUAGUCGGAGUUCGGAUAAUUGGAGUUCUACUGUAGUCUAAUUUCUAAACGUAUUUAUAGAAUAAAUUUCUUUCUUUGCCUAGACAGCUAAAGGUACUGCCAUGAAAUAAUUUCUUAAUAAUAAAGUCAAUUUGGUUACUCUAGGUAUACAAAACUAUAUCAUUGGGAGCAUUUUCUGUACAUUUAUGUAUUAAUUCCUUCUUGUUAUAAGGUCUAUUUGCAUUUUAUUAUCUUAACUCUAUAAACUAUUAUUUACUAUUACGUGGCUUGCAUGUUUAUAUUAUGGCGAUUAUUUGGAUGUAAUUUUCUUUGCAAUGUUGUGUAUUAUUUAGUUAAAAAUAUAAAUAGAUGCUUAUUCUGUACUUAACAGUAUCACGUGAAUUUUCUAUUAAAUGAGAUUAUCUUAUCUUCAUUAUUUAAUUGCUGUUAGUUUUUUGAAACAUGGCAACCCGAGAGAAGCUUCAGAGCUGUAGUAUGUUGACGAGAUGCUUACUGGCGACUGGCGAGCAAUCCAUAGCGACAAUAUAUGGAGGAUGUUAUGUUAGUACAAACCCGGAGCGCCAUAGCAACGUUUGUUGUAUCCAGCAAUACUGCAAUAUAAUUGUGGAUUGUUUUAAGUAAUUUAUAGUUAAGAGAACAAUGUGAAAUUAAUAUUCUAAUUUAGCUCGUUAAGUUAGUAUUUGGAACAUUCGGAGUGAAUGUGAUGUGCCUAUUUAUUUCUUUUUUAAUAUAAUAAAGAUUGUAUCUAGGUGAUAGAAUAGAAAAGUUUUUGACAAUUAGUAAUGACUAGAAUAUAUUUUAUUAUGAAUAGCAUUUAGAUUUUCCACAGCAAGUUGGAGUAAACAUUUUUAUUGCCAAUUUUAUAUUAAUAUUAUGAAGAAAAAUUGUUGUAUUACCUUGCAGUGUUUCACUUGAAUUGUAUAUUCAGUAAAUAUUAAUUUUAAUAAAUUAUAAUGUUGUACGAAUGAAAGUUUUAUGCAAUAUUUUUUUAGCUUUUUAAACGCGUUUUUGCAUUUUAUGUAACCAGUUUGCAAUUUUAUUUUGUGCCUACCUUAAUUGGAAUGUUGUGUUAUGUUAUUGGAGCGAUGGCAGCUAGCUGUAUGAGAACGUAAUUGAGCACAUCUUACUACACAUCACAAGUCGUGAUAUAAGGGGAUUGAUUUAUUGUUUUAGACAUAUAUUUUAUUCAUAGAUAUAAGUUAAUGUGCCUGUCUUUUUUUGGUAAACGUUGGGCCGUUCCUGGCCCAUGUCGACAUAGUAACAUUUACUGUAGGAAGCGUCAAGGGUACUCGUAUGGCGUCCAAAAUGCUUCUAUUUAUAGUAUAUACAAAUUUUCUCCUUAUACUGUGGCAUUUUAUUAAAUUUGAUACGAAGUUAGCAAUUUGUAUCCAACAUUCUUACAAGAAAAUAAAAGCUAAGACUAUGA